UCUGCGCAUGCCAUCGCGGCGUCCGAGCGACACGCGUCGCCGCAUCGCCCUAUCCGACGCCAAGAAGCCGGCGGCGCAGCACGCAGACAAUCAGGACCUCGUCGACGUCUUCUGGGUCCUCGCGGAUGCCACCUUCAAGGCGGAGCCGGAAAACGCUGGCACCAAGGGCUCGGCUUACCGCAAGGCGGCGCAGGCGUUUGCUGCCUGCCCGUUUGCCGUCACUAAUUCAUCGGUCGACCUCAAGAAGAAGAAGCUGCCCAACGUCGGCAAGGCGUCGGUGGAGAAGAUGGCAGCCUUCCGGGCGACUGGCUCUAUCCCCAAGCUGGUGGCGUAUCAGGCAGUACUAGACAAGGAUUUUGAGGAUGAUGGCAGCGGUGGUGGCGGCAGUGGCGGAGGCGGCUCCGGCGACGGCGACAGCUCUGGCGGCGGCGGCGGCGGCGGCGGCGAUGGUGGUGGCGGCGGCGGCGGCGGCAGUUGCAGCGGCAGCGGCAGCGGCAGCGGCGACAAUGCAGAAGCGGGCAGCAGAAAGCGGCGUAAGGUGGGAACUGGGUGAACUGCAUCUGCGGCUCUAUGUGUGUGGUAUAGCCCUCACCCCUCACCUGUUCAGCGCGCCCCACCUCGAGGCGCGAGCAGAUCGCGGUAACAUACGGACGGAGCUAACAGCUAAGUGCCUCUCCGUCCUCGCAGGAGUCAGCAUAGGCGGCUGGACGUGGUGUACCUGUGUAAGUGCCAGUGCGCGCCAGUCCCGUGCGGCCCAGUGUUGUGCGAGAGAGUGUCGUAACAUUCUUGUGAGCAUGAAAUUCUUCCUCUAUUACAC